UAAAAACAUACCUACUCUCUACACUUGUAACCCUCUCUCUGCUUCAUUAAUGCCAUGGACCAAACCCCAAAUUCUUCUCUGUAACCACCCUUGUACUCUUCUUCUUCUUAUACUGAACUAACCCUCUCAGUCCUCUGAAACCACCACCUUCGCUUUACUCUCUCUCUCUCUCUCUCUCUCUCUCUCUCUCUCUCUCUCUCUCUCUGUGUAUCAAUGGCGACGACUAGGGUGCCUUUCACUGAAUCACAGUGGGAAGAGCUUGAACACCAAGCCGUCAUCUUCAAGUACAUAGUGGCUGGUGUUCCUGUUCCUCCUGAUCUUCUCUUCCCCAUCAGAAGAACCUUGAUCUCUUCUUCUUCUUCCUCGUUGCACUUGUCCUCCAAGUUCUUCUCUCACGCUUCUACUCCACACUUUUCGUGGAACGUGUACGAUAUGGGAUUCGGAAGAAAGAUGGAUCCUGAACCAGGAAGAUGCAGAAGAACCGACGGCAAAAAAUGGAGGUGCUCGAAGGAAGCCUAUCCAGACUCCAAGUACUGCGAGAGGCACAUGCACAGAGGCAAGAACCGUUCAAGAAAGCCUGUGGAAUUCUCAAUCACUUCUUCUUCUUCCUCAUCUGUUUCUGCAACUUCGUCGACUUUCUCCUUCAACAACCUCAAAGACACUGCUAAUCUCCCUUCUCUCUGCCUGAACACCGCACCUCUCUCCAGACCAGCUAACGAUGACCCCAGGGGAAGAAGGAGAGGUGUGUACAUGGACGACUUCUUCUCCACAGAACCUUCUGGGUCGAUCAGAAGCUUCUCUGGUUCAUCAAUGGUGGAUGGUUCGCGGGGAUUCACGCCUCUGGCUGCAUCCUCGUACUUCCAGAAGCAUAGGAACAACAACUACUACUCUGUGGGAGGAGCAGCAAAGGAUGAGAAGCCAAACCAUCAUUGCUUCAUAUUGGGCACGGAUAUCGCAGCACGUGAAACGCCAUUGAUGCUCGGAAAGAAGAUGAAGCAAGGUGAAGAUCAUGAAGUGGAAGAAGAAGAAGAAGAAGAACAGCAAAGGAACAAGAGAGUUCAUAGGUUCCUUGAUGAAUGGCCUUCUUCCAACACUUCAUCUGUUUCUACAUCACUCAUCAUUUGAUGCUUUUGCCUCACAUUAAAUUGUGGAACUGCACUCUCUCUCUCUCUCUCAUCUAAUUAAGAAUUUGCUUCAAUAGUAUAUGGUUGUAUA